AUAAACUGCUGUCAUCGAAAGUGUCAUGUAAAUUUUUAUCAUCUUUGUUCUGUUUUGAGUUUAUUUUCGUUCGUAAAUUAAUCAUAAAAUUUUAACAAAAAAUAAAAUAAAUAAACCUACAACAUGGGAUGCGAUGGUGGUACUAUUCCUCGACGAGAUGAAUUAGUUCGUUUAAAAAAGAAAGCUGAACAGAAAGACAAAGAUGCUGAGCGUCAAUUUCGCUGGUUACACUGCGCAUUAACACAGCAACGUCUUCAGGAACCCAUUGUCAUGUGCACUUUAGGUCGCCUUUAUUCCAAACAAAAUGUCAUUGAACAACUCUUGGAAAAGGACAAGAUGCCCGAAUCAUCGAACCACAUCAAAGGUAUGCGCGAUAUCAAGGAUUUGCAUCUAACAAACAAUCCAGCAUUCAAAGAUUGUAAUAAGACCGAAGGUGGCCUCGAUCCACGAGGCUCACCGUACAUAUGUAAACUGAUGGGCAUUGAAAUGUCUGGCAACUUUCGAUUCGUUGCCUUGUGGACUUGUGGAUGCGCUUUCUCGGAACGAGCAUUGAAACAAAUUAAAACCAACACCUGUCCGUUGUGUCAGGUGCCAUACUCAAUUGAAGAUGUUAUCGUUUUGAAUGGAAACGAAGAAGACAUUGAAUUGAUGAAGUUAAAAGUGCAGAUUCGUGCGGCUAGAAAAAAAGCUUCAAAGAAAUCCAAAUCAAAAAAUUCUAAACCCACUGAAACUGCAACAACGACAACUGUUGUAAGUGAAACAAUUGAUGAAGGUAAAGGUUUAGAAGCAGAGCCAACAAAACCAGCCGAAGAUGAACCAAGCACCGAAACAACACCAACCUUGUCUACUCAAGGAACUGAAGAACCAGCUUGUAGUGGAGCAAAUAAGGCUCCAAAGAACGGUUUUUAUUCAACAAGCAAGAGAAAUGGUGCAAAGACUUUGGAAGACCCAGAAAUCAAACGAUUGAAGAACGACUACAGCGUUGCUCAUGACCCGAAAGCAACCAAUGUAUAUAAGUCCUUAUUCACAAGCCACAAGAGCGAACAAGAGCAGAAUCGGGCACAUUGGGUCACAUAUAAUCCUUUCUAUAAUUAAAUUUAGCGAGUUUAUAAUUGAAUAUAAGGAACG